GUCAAUUAACUAGCUCCUUAAUCUGAUUUUCGAAGGACAUUUGUUAUAAUUCAGUACUGUACCAGUGAACCCCAAUUAGCUAGAACCCAAAUUGAUGGCAAGUGAUGAUCCUAAUGAUUCAUCAUCUGAUUCACCAGUUCGUACUGGGAAGAUGGUGACAAUGUUGUGUAUUGAUGGAGGCGGUGUUCGAGGUAUAAUUCCAGCAGUCAUCCUAGAAUUUCUAGAAGACGAGAUCCGGAGGCAAGACAGUGAGUAUGAUGACGGGAGACUAGCUGAUUAUUUCGAUGUAAUAGCCGGAACUAGCACCGGUGGCUUGAUAGCGACGAUGCUCGCAGCUCCAGAUCAUAAGAAACCACGUAACAAGGAUGGCCGGUUUCGUCCUCUUUAUGCUGCUCAUCAAAUUCUUGGUUUCUACAAAGAACAUUGUCCCAAAAUAUUUGAGAAAUCAAUGUUGGGGAAUUUGCCGGGGAUUGGAAGCAUCAAGGAGUAUAUGCGAUGGCCUAAAUACGACGGAAAAUACCUGCACAAAUUAUGUAAAGAUAUAUUAGGAGAUCUGAGAAUGCAUGAAACCAUAACAAAGCUGGUAAUCCCUACUUUCGACAUCAAGCUUCUUCAACCCACAAUCUUCUCGACUGAAGAGGGAAAGCGGAAUGAGUUUAAAAAUGCGUAUUUGCACGAGGUGUGCAUCGGUACAUCAGCGGCUCCAACAUAUUUUCCUUCUGUUCAUUUCGAAACGGGUGACUGGGAAUUCAACCUCAUCGAUGGUGGCGUUACAGCCAAUAAUCCCACAUUGGUGGCUAUGAACGAAAUGAUAAGGGACAGUUUGGAGGAGCACCAGAACACUCGGCAGGUGAAGGCUACAACAGACUGUACCAGGUACUUGGUGCUUUCAUUAGGGACAGGAACAAGUCCGAGUGCGAAUAAAUAUGACGCUGAAAAAGUUAGCAAAUGGGGUAUGCUGCAAUGGAUAACUCCAAUCUUGGAAGUGUACUCUGAAGCCAGUACGGAUAUGGUCGACAUUGAAACUGCCAUUCACUUCCGGGCAGUCCAAAGCCAGGAGAAUUAUCUCCGCAUUCAGGCGCGUAGCUUUAUUGAAGAUACAGCUCCUCCGAUGGACGUUGCAACAAAACAGAGUAUGAAAGAACUGGAAUGCGUAGGGAACCUACUCAUACAUGAGGAUGUUUCAAGAGUGAAUAUUGAUACAGGGGUAUAUGAGAGUGUGGAAGGAGGAGGCACAAACAAACAAGCCCUAGAACGCUUCGCAAAGCUUCUCGUAAAUGAACGCAAAGCACGAGUGCGGGAUGCAUGCACGGCAAGAGAACAAAACCUUGAAUGCGCCACAAAGCUUCUCUUGGAUAAACCCGAUGUAAGGCAAGGAAAGGUAGUCAAUAGAAAGUUCACGCAGACGAGCGUGCAAUGAACUGUUUGGAGGCUAGAGACCCGACUGUUGUAAAACACCAACUCAAGAGGGGUCUAGGUCUACUAAUUUGAUGGAAGCGGGCUGACAUUUGAGUCAUGUAGUUAUCUCUUAUGGUCUUCAGAAUUUAGCUUACUCGUUAAGAACCUGUUUGAGUCGUCGUAUGUGGCCUA